AUGGAGGAGAUGGAGGAGGAGCUGAAGUGCCCCGUGUGCGGCUCCUUCUUCCGCGAGCCGCUGAUCCUGCCCUGCUCGCACAACCUGUGCCAGGCCUGCGCCCGCCACAUCCUGGUGCAGACGCCCGAGGCCGAGUCGCCGCGCAGCCGGCGCGCCUCGGGCUCGGCCGGCUCGGCCUCCGACUACGACUACCUGGACCUGGACAAGAUGAGCCUGUACAGCGAGGCGGACAGCGGCUACGGCUCGUACGGCGGCGGCUUCGCGAGCGCGCCCACCACGCCCUGCCAGAAGUCGCCCAACGGCGUGCGCGUCUUCCCGCCGGCCGGGCCGCCGCCGCACCCGCACCCGCACCCGCCGCACCCGCACCACCUGCCGCCGCCCGCCAACGCCGCCGCCGCCGCGGCCUCCUCCUCCUCGCUGGCGCCCGUGCCGCGCAACGCGUGCCUGACGUGCCCGCAGUGCCACCGCAGCCUGAUCCUGGACGAGCGGGGCCUGCGCGGCUUCCCCAAGAACCGCGUGCUGGAGGGCGUGAUCGAGCGCUACCAGCAGAGCAAGGCGGCGGCGCUGCGCUGCCAGCUGUGCGAGAAGGCGCCCAAGGAGGCCACGGCCAUGUGCGAGCAGUGCGACGUCUUCUACUGCGAGCCCUGCCGCCUGCGCUGCCACCCGCCGCGGGGCCCGCUGGCCAAGCACCGGCUGCUGCCGCCCGCCCAGGGCCGCGUCAGCCGCCGGCUCAGCCCGCGCAAGAUCUCCACCUGCACCGACCACGAGCUCGAGAACCACAGCAUGUACUGCGUCCAGUGCAAGGCGCCCGUCUGCUACCAGUGCCUGGAGGAGGGCAAGCACUCCAGCCACGAGGUCAAGGCGCUGGGGGCCAUGUGGAAGCUGCACAAGAGCCAGCUUUCUCAGGCACUGAAUGGACUCUCGGACAGAGCAAAAGAAGCCAAAGAGUUUCUGGUGCAGCUCCGGAACAUGGUGCAGCAAAUCCAGGAGAACAGCGUGGAGUUCGAAGCCUGCCUGGUUGCCCAAUGCGACGCCCUCAUCGACGCUCUCAACCGGAGGAAAGCCCAGCUGUUGUCACGGGUCAACAAAGAACAUGAGCAUAAGCUGAAGGUGGUGCGAGACCAGAUCUCCCACUGCACGGUGAAGCUGCGUCAGACAACGGGACUCAUGGAGUACUGCUUGGAGGUCAUCAAGGAGAAUGACCCCAGUGGAUUCCUGCAGAUUUCGGAUGCCCUGAUCCGAAGAGUCCACCUGACCGAGGACCAGUGGGGAAAAGGGACGCUCUCCCCACGGAUGACCACCGACUUUGACCUGAACCUGGACAGCGCCCCCUUGCUGCAAUCCAUCCACCAGCUCGACUUCAUGCAAAUGAAAACUUCUUCCCCAGUGCCGGCACCCCCAAUCCUUCAGCUGGAGGAAUGCUGCACCCACAACAACAGCGCUACCUUGUCCUGGAAGCAGCCCCCUCUCUCCACGGUGCAAGUGGAAGGGUACAUCCUGGAGCUGGAUGAUGGGAACGGUGGUCAGUUCAGGGAGGUGUACGUGGGAAAGGAGACCAUGUGCACCGUAGAUGGACUUCACUUCAACAGCACCUACAGUGCUCGGGUCAAGGCCUUUAACAAGACUGGGGUUAGCCUGUACAGCAAGACGCUGGUGCUGCAGACCUCUGAGGACUCCGAGCCUGAGGAGCAGGCCCUGACUUUCCCCGUGCCUCUGGAAAGGCUGCAGCUGCGUAGAGCGAGUCCCUUCUCUUCUACUCUUAACCUGCAGAACAGCUUUCCGGGGAGGUCCUACUUUGAGCUCAGAUCCUCGUCCCACCAAAUGAGCUUGCACUCCUCUUUGCAAUCUCUGAAUUCGGCCGGUUUUGAGACCCAGUCGGGACCUUUCUCCCAAUUAGUUGAUAUUAAAAAACUGGUAGCAGUGGCCUGGUUUUCGUUCGACCCCUGCACUGCUCACUCCGACAUCAUCUUCUCCAAUGACAACCUGACCGUCACCUGCAACAGCUAUGACGACCGUGUCGUGCUGGGCAAAACCGGUUUCUCCAAAGGCCUCCACUACUGGGAGCUGUCCAUCGAUCGCUACGACAACCACCCAGACCCGGCCUUCGGCGUGGCCCGCGUGGACGUGCUCAAGGACGUCAUGCUGGGGAAAGAUGACAAGGCUUGGGCCAUGUAUGUGGACAAUAACCGGAGCUGGUUCAUGCACAACAACUCACACACCAAUAGGACUGAAGGAGGCAUCACCAAAGGGGCCACCGUAGGCAUCUUACUUGACCUGAACAGGAGGACCGUGACCUUCUCCAUCAAUGAGGACCAGCAGGGGCCGGUGGCCUUUGAGAACCUGGAAGGUGUCUUCUUCCCUGCUGUCAGCCUGAACAGGAAUGUACAAGUGACACUUCACACUGGCCUGCCGGUCCCGGACUUCUAUAAUGCACGGGGUUCCAUGCAGUAAAGAGGAAGUGGGUGCCCGCUGGCUUUUUCUCAGGACACAUCGAGAGAGCUGCAAUGGUUUUCUUCAGGAAUUGACCUCGUAGGAGCAAGGAGGAGAAUAUCCGGUCGUCUGGUAACUCCAGGCCAGCAAAAACCAAAUUU